UGAUUGAAGCCCCAGAGCGUAGAAAGAAAAGAUUAAUGGCUUUAACAGCGAGUGUGAUGAGAGAUGAUAGUGAUAAGGUUUUAAUUCUUGGUCAGCCCGGGGAGGAGGUCAGCCUAGAGUUGAUUCUACAAGUUGUUGCUGAUGUUGGUCUGGUGGGACUUCCAAAUGCUGGAAAAUCAACUCUUUUAGCAUCCAUUACACUUGUGAAGCCAGAUAUUGCUGAUUAUCCUUUCACAACAUUGAUGCCAAACCUUGGACGCCACAAUGGUGAACCAACUUUAGGAGCAGGUAUGCAUUCAUCUGAAGCAACAUUGGCAGAUUUGCCAGGCCUUAUAGAAGGCGCUUAUCUGGGGAAGGUGCUGUUUUUUCAUAUCUAAUUCAACUAUUUAUCUAUAGCUUCUAGUUGCUAAAACCGAAUUUUUCAUGUCCUUCAGGGUCUUGGUCGCAAUUUCCUAAAGCACCUUAGAAGGACUCGUGUAUUGGUCCAUGUUGUUGAUGCAGCUGCUGAGGACCCCAGUGGAUGAUUACAGAACUGUCAAAGAAGUAUAUCUUCCCUUUAUGCUAUAUUAUUCUUGGUUAUAUAUUUAUUUUGAAAAAUAGCUCUCAGUUUCACGUGUACACAGAUUUAGAAGUGCUUUUGCUGUUUUUGUGAGUUGAAAUGACUUUGUUUGGUGAAAUCCAUGGGUAUAGCUUGCCUAUUUAAAUAAAAAAAAUA